GCUCCCGCCGGCCCACGGCCGCCGCGUCCCCCCGCGAGGAGCGGAAGAGGCGCGGCCAGCGCGGCGGCCUCCGUACGGCGGGAUGGCGGCGGCGCCGCGUUGCGGGGGGCGGCGGCGGCGGCCCGGAGUCGUCCUGCUGCGGCUGCUGGCGGUGCUGCUGCUGGCGGGCGCGGUGGGCGCCGGGCAGCGCUCCAAAUGGCGGCUGCCGGUGCUCCUGGGGAAGAAGUUUAACUUUGGGAAAAUUCUCUUCAGCAACACCACCAUUUUCCUGAGAUUUGAAGACGAUGAAAAAGCUUGUGAUCCUUCCUUAGGUUUCAAUGUUACUUGGUACUUAAGAUAUUCUGACUGCUACAAUGAAGUCUUCAACUUUGGGGAUGAACAAGCAGAUAACUAUUUUGGGACCACAGCUGAAGAGCAUCCGGGUUGGUCAGGAUACUAUGCCACUGCUUCUCUUCUCUUUCCAAACUGCUCUGAGCUCCUUAGGCCUCAGAUUUUCUAUAAAGAAUUUGUUCAUCCAGAACCUCUCUCACCUGAGAAACAAGAGGGCUUAAAAGAUAAGAAGGAGAGCACAGGAAAUCACACCAUGGUGACAGAUAAAACUGCAAUGAAUGCUGUUAUGAAAACUUGGCGAGAUGGACCAUAUAUAUUUAUUGUGCAAAUUGGAAGUACAACUGCAAAGGAUUCUAUUACCAGAGUUAAAAGAAUGGAGAGGACAACACCUUCCUCAUAUCAAAAUAAGCUCUUUACAAUGACAGUAGAACUGAAGGGGCCGUAUGAGUAUCUCUCACUUGCAGACUAUCCUCUGAUGAUUUUUUUCAUGGUGAUGUGUAUUGUGUAUGUAUUCUUCGGGGUUCUAUGGCUUGCAUGGUCAGCCUGUUACUGGCGGGAUCUCCUGAGGAUCCAGUUCUGGAUUGGUGCCGUUAUCUUCCUGGGAAUGCUUGAGAAAGCAGUUUUCUAUGCAGAGUUCCAGAAUAUUCGCUACACGGGAGAAUCUGUUCAAGGAGCAGUAAUACUGGCAGAACUUCUCUCUGCUGUGAAGCGAUCAUUGGCUCGAACUCUGGUCAUCAUAGUCAGCUUGGGAUAUGGGAUAGUCAAGCCUCGUCUUGGAGUUACUCUUCACAAAGUUGUUAUGGCUGGAGCUCUUUAUCUAUUAUUUUCUGGCAUGGAAGGUGUUCUUAGAGUCACAGGGUUUUUCUAUGACACUGUGGCUCUGAUAGCAAACUUGGCCCUGUCCAUGAUUGAUGCCUGUAUUAUUUUGUGGAUAUUCAUCAGCUUAACUCAAACAAUGAAGCUGCUAAAACUUCGAAGGAAUGUUGUGAAACUCUCUUUGUAUCGGCACUUCACGAACACGCUCAUCUUGGCAGUAGCAGCAUCUAUUGUAUUUAUCAUCUGGACCACCAUGAAGUUCAGGCUGGUGGACUGUCAGUCGGACUGGCAGGAGCUAUGGGUGGAUGAUGCCAUCUGGCGUUUAUUGUUUUCAAUGAUCCUUUUUGUCAUCAUGAUUCUGUGGAGACCAUCUGCUAACAACCAAAGGUUUGCUUUCUCACCACUGUCAGAAGAGGAGGAUGAUGAUGAGCAGAAAGAGCCAAUGUUAAAGGAAAGCUUUGAGGGAAUGAAAAUGAGAAGUACAAAGCAAGAACCAAAUGGGAAUGUAAAAGCAAACAAAGCUCAAGAAGAUGACCUGAAGUGGGUAGAGGAGAAUGUUCCUUCAUCAGUGACAGAUGUUGCUCUUCCAGCUCUUCUGGAUUCAGAUGAGGAAAGAAUGAUUACACACUUUGAAAGGUCCAAAAUGGAAUGAAGGAGUAGCAUUUUGCUACUGGAAGUGGAGACGCCUCUUUUAAAGUUGCUUGGUGGAGCAAGUGCAUCCUGCUGAUUUGUUUGUUGAUCUCAGCCUUGAAAGUUUGAUGCUUUACUGUCGUGGAGGGUGUCUUGCUGUGGAAGAAGUUCACAAGGACAUUAUAAACCUUUCAGAAAUUUGAAUUUACAAAGUUGCUGCGAGUUUGGAUUUUUAAGCAAUUUACAUAUGUACUAUUCCAGCACCUUCUGUAACUUUUCAAAUAUUUAAUCUGUGAAACUAAAAUUCCUAAUGUCUGUUUGAGGAGUUUAUAUUUCAGUGUUACAAUUGACAACUAGAGGUGAACUGCCUGUACCUUUUUGGGGGGAGGGUGGGGACAUCUAGAAGUAAGCACUGAAGAAACAACAGACCCAUUUACUGGUAGAUACAACUGCUGUUGUAUGUCAUAUGCCCAAUAUGCAUGAGAGGGUUUUAGAGAGAAGCUCCUGUUGAUGAAGAAAAUUAAGAUGCCAGAAUGGAAAUAUUUGGAAAAGUUACAAUGAUAUGAGUUUUUAACAAAAUCAAGUGCAAUUUUAUUCAUAACACUGUGUAUGAAAGAUUUUCUAUUUUAAAUGCCAUUGACCUAUAGGUAACAGCUGUCUAGAGCUAACACUUGCUGUUGUGGCACAUCUCAUUGCCGGCAAUGUGGUGGAUGCCUGGAAAAAUUAUUUGCCCCUACCUUUCAUGUGUUGCAUGAUUUAAUUUAAAACAACAAACCAAACAACACCACCAAACAUCACCAAACCCAUUCCUGCAGCGCUCCAAAAGUGCUUGACCACAUGUUAAGCAGAUAUUCUCCCUUUACAUGUAACAUCUCCCACCAAGAAGUUGGCGCUCUUCUACGAGAAUGUGGCAUUGCUUUCUAGAGGGUGCAAGCACUGCCUACCUUACUUGAAAGAGGCUUUAUGGGGAGUCCACAGUGCUGGGAUAGUUAAGUUCCCAGUGUCUGUUUAGAAUUGCUUCCCAUGUAAGUGAUCUGAUGAUGAGCUUUCCUGUCCCAAUUGGUCCUAUGGCCAAGAGGUACUCUGAGAUAACUGUGUUUCAGUCAAAGUUUCAAACUCCUAUAUAAUUGCAUUUUGUUUCUCCUUUUGAGAUUAAAAAGAGCAUUUGGUGUUGUUUUUAUUUUUUGCUUGGCUGUAACAGCUACACUUGCAAUAACUUCCUCAUGGAAACCCACUGUAGACUGUAUGCAAAAGGUCUAAUUCAGGUUCAUAACUUUUACACCUGAUGAUUACCAGGUAUGCAGUAGCUGGACAGCUCAGGAGCAGAUGUGGCUGCUGCUGGAAUGGCAUAGGGAGUAAGCUUUUCUGGUUCUUCACUCAUAGCUAUGACAGCAGAAAUAAACAUGUGCCUGUACUUCAUUCAUUCCACUGUAAGGUCUGGUAGCUUAGCUGUAGUUCAUCUUUAUCAGCAAUUCAAGCUGAAACGUGGCACUUUACAGUAGAGUAGCUGAGGCACAAGGACAUAGUGUCUUCUGCUAGGUGUGCUGUGGGGCAGUGAACUCUUCAGCAGAUGGGCAGAGAAAAAAAAGCUGUGGCUAUAGCACCUCACUGCUUCUGCAGGAGUUGCUAGAGCUCUUCUUUAGGCUACAGGUAGAAUCUUUUAAUUAAAAAACACUUCUAAUUUGCUAUGCUUAAUUGAUAUAGAUGAAAAAAAUGUUACCUCCAUGUCCUUUUGAGGAGAGGAAAUUUUGUGAAAUAAAGCUACACAAAGCUUGCUAUUUAAUGGGGAGGGGUUCUGUUUUGAUUUUUUUUUUUUUUAAGUCCUAUUGUUCUGGGUUGUUUGGGUUUUUUGAAACAAAUAGGUAAAAAUGUUCUCUACUGGAAGCACAACAGUUUGUAUGUACUAUUUAAUAAAGGCUAGGCAAAGAGGAGAAAGGCUUAUAUUGUGUCCUUCCACUUUCUUACUACCUCUUGUCUCACAGGAGGAAGUGUUAACAUCUUCACAAAGCUCCCUGAUUUUAGCUCUUUAUUGCGCAGUAUUUAUAAUGCAGUUAUUCCCAACAGUUCUUUUUUUUCCUCUUUGAGCUUGACAAUAGAGUGGAAGUCUGUCAUUUGAAAAGCUAAUAGAGGUAGAGCAAAUAAUAAAUUGCUGAACAAAAGUAAAAGAUCUAAACAGUUUUACUAAUUGUAUUCAUAGUUUAAUUGAAUUAAUAAUUUAAAGACUAAAAUAAAUGUAGUAGCAGUGUGGUGCAUGCAACCUAUGACUACAGUGGUAGGUCUUAGGCAAUCCUUGCUGCCUUCUGCCCUUCCAUUCUUGUACUUACCUGAAGCAGUAUUUGAAGUUGUCCUGAAUUCCACAAGGGGCUUGUUGAUCCCUUGGUUAGCCAUUUUUGGUUUUCCACUUGUUUUAGCAGAGUUUCUGUAUCAUUGGAAGGUAGCAUCUGCUUCCUAGCCUACAGCAAGUGUCUGCUGUGACUUUUUUGUAGUCCUGUGGAAAAAUUGUGUGAGUGCCCAGCUCCCACAGUAUAGUGUGGGCUAUGACAUGUGUACAGCUGCUCCUGCAAUUAUGAUUCCAGGAGAGAUGGCUAAAAGCAGUGGAUGAGAUGUGGGUGAGGAGCAAAGAGGGCGUGUGCAAGGGAGUUGCAGCAAUGCAGCCUCUCCCGCAACAGCAUGUUUGGUCAAGUAUGUUGGUUCUACUGAGGGGAUCUUUGCCUCUUCUGAAACCUGGUUUUGCUCCUUAAGAUGUGUUGGUUCCAUGACUUGGAAAAGCCCAGGAAAGCUUAAUCAGCAAGCUAGCUUGCUAAAAUGCCUGACCAGAAAUCCUGCAGGUUGUUAACUUAUAAUUAUGUAGACAGGGAAGACAAUUCAAAUUUAUACCCAUUCUUUCAAAAGGGUGUUGGAAUUUUAAAACAAACCAUGCAAACUACUCUGAAAGACUUGGUGAGCUGGAGAGAGAAAAGAUCUACUCUUAGGUCUGAGAUCUACAAGUGUUUUUAUUAAUUAAAAUGAUGUGGAAAAGCUGAAUUUUCUUGAGGAAAUUUGGCUGCUGACUUCAAAUAUCUUCAACAACCUGUUCCUAAUAAUUUUCUGCUUACAGAAAAAAAUGAAUGUCUGACAGGAGUUUUUUAAGAGUUCUUGUGCCUGAUUAGUUCUGUAUAGAUUUGUGAGAAGUAGCUGUGAUACUGCUGUUGCAAUUGCAGCAUGUGCACACCGUACAGAAAACUGAAAACAUACUGAAGCAGCUGAUAUUGUUGACCAGCUUUUCAUUAGGGUGACAAAAUGUUCCUGCUGAGAACUCUGAAGGAGGGACUGAGUAAGAGGUCACAGCAUGGUAAAGAAAUUACAGAAUCACAGUCUUGAUAGGCAGUGAGUCAGGAUCAUAAGAUGUGGUGUAGGGAAGGGUAUGUUUGUCUUAUUCUGCACAUAUAGCAGUGUGUGUUUGUAGGCUUUGUUUAUCCUCCUGUUCACUUUAUAUGGCAUUUUAUGUUGUAUGCUAAAGUGUGGUACUUCUUAAAACCUGAAGAGGCCAAUGCCUCACAAAUAAUUUGCUCUCUGGAUUACAACUA